GAAGUACUUUAGAUUGCCCAUUCGCCUCUCACCAUGAAAACGAUAGAUACCCACCAACCCAGCACCGCAUCUCACUGAUACCCGUAUAGCGAUAACGACCAUCCCGGCCUAGGAACCGCCACAAACCCUUGAAUAAUAAUGCAUGAGCCCUAAGCAGGACCUCCAACCGCAGCAUCACCAUUCUCACCAACCAUCUUCACAACUAGAGACCACCCCACAACAUACCAGUACCGCAUGGAUGAGCCCUACAGCCACAACCGCAACACAACCGAUCACCCACUAUCUUCCCAUCCGCUGGCCUAGACAAGAAUCCCCACCACCAUCCCAUCCAAAGAUGUGACCCCAGAAGAUACCUAAGGUUAUCGAUGAUCCCCCCGACCUGGAUUUCAGCCAUCCGCGGACUCAACUCCAUUCCAUAGAUGAGCACUGCCAUGGCGUCAGACGCAUACAGGGACAACCCCUCGAUCUCGCGAAUUCCCCUCCGUAAUCUCUUGAUAGGGUAUCUUUCUGUUGUUCCCCGUUUAUCUCACUAUUUCUGAUACUAGCAUCGACCGAGUACGGAUGUCACGUCCAAAGGCAUGGGAC